GAUUAAGAUCAUCUUUCCAUUUAAUAAAAUUUAAGUCAAAGAAAAUUGUUAUAAAAAAACAUGCCACCUGCGACUAUUACUGUGCUACUUCCUCGCAAGCGCCUCCUUGCGGAGGGAUGUUGUAAUGAUGACUUCCUUAUCAACCAGUUGUCUGGGAUCAACGAUCAUCCUGAGGAAGAUGGGUUGCCACUACGCAGAUGGCUUAUUCGUGAGGCACAUGCAGCCUUGUGUUCAAAUUCGAAGCUUAAUGAAGUAUCUUUAAAGCCGAGAGCCGAUAAGACAUCGCGGACGCACUUUUUAAUCCGUAUUGAAGACACCGAAGUGUAGGAUCCAGGAGAGAGGGGAGAGAGAGAGACGUUGAUAGACGCACUUCUUGAUACCUGGAAGUCCAAAUGGGAAACUAAAAUGAUAGUAAACAACAACAACAAAAAGAAAUGAUUUCUUUGUGCGUUCAAUCUUUUUUUUUUGUUUAUCUAUAUAUUAAUAUUUUAUUUGUUUGUGGAUUAAGGUUUACUUGCUUAAUUUUUAAAGUGAAUUGUUAAUGUGAAUGAAGAAGUAAUAUUUGCAAUUCCCCAAUACAUAUGCAUCAAAACAACCCUUCAUAUGCGCGGCAUAAUAUAUCUUUGUCGAUAUAAGUAGUGGGAAAAGGAGUUAAGUUUCAUUAAUGAUAUUCUUCUUCCAAAAAAUUAGCAAGUUUCUUAAUUCAUAAAAUUUUUUAAUUUGAAACCUUUUCAGGUGUGGGAGUGAAUAUUAUGUGAGAGAUGUAGA